AUGCGUCUUUCGUGCCAAGUAACGAGCACUGCUUAUCUGACGCUACCGAGCCUUUCGAAAGCGAUAGUAGGCAGACCAGCGGUAACGGCAGCAGCGACUCCCCGAGCCUGCACUGGACGGUAUUACGGAUUUGCGCACACACGUGCGUGGACUAGCGCUCACAAGCUAUUAUCGAAAUCCUUGCGUAUCGACAUUCGAAUGGCAGCGACCAGUACAGCUACACCGCUACCCAAGCGGCCGGUGACGGUACCGUUCUAUGGCGAGCGCCCGUACCCGCAGGUACUCGUCGAAGUGUUCCUGGACUACAACUGCCCCUACAGCAAAAAAGCUUUUCUAACGCUCUGGCAGGAAGUUCUGCCACACUAUCGUGCUGAUUCGCGGGUGCAGUUUGCGUUCGGCCUCGUGCCGCAACCGUGGCACGCUCAGACCUGCUACAUGCACGAGGCAGCGUUAGCAGCGCGGCAAGUGAGUGGUGAUGCGGGUUUCUGGAAAGCGAGCGCUGCACUCUUCGCGCAGCAGGAAGACUGGGUCGAUGAGAAAGUACUCGACAAGACACGUCGCCAAGUUUACGAGGAGUUGGCACAGUGCUUGGCGAAAGCCGGCGUUGUAUCGUCCGCGUCGCUGAUUACGGAACGCCUGCUCACUGCAUCCGGCAACAGCGGGAACGCAGUCGGUGCUGAUGUCAAGUUCGCGUGUCGCUACCAUCGUGUUCGCGGGGUUCACGUGACGCCCACAGUACACAUCAAUGGUAUUCCGGAAUUAAAUGCAUCAAGUUCGUGGACAGUGCAGGAAUGGAAGGAACGUAUCGAUUCGCUCUUGUCAAGCGAGUUGUCGCAGUGA